UCACAGCGGCGGUUGGAGGACGAGCAGCACCAGCAGCAGUAAUCCACUUUCCACGGCGCUUCACAUUUCUCUGUUCCGUCUACAUCCCGCAGACAUGGACCUGGAGGUGCUCAUGCACCCGGCGCUUUCGCUUCCCAUCCUCCCCGUGUUUGCGCUCUAGCUGUGCGCUCCGGGCCCGUGGCACGUCCCGCUGCUGACCACAAGGAGACUGUUAUUAUUUUUCCGUGUAGCAGAGGGGACCGACGGUAGAGCCGCAACCAGGGACUCAAACCAUCGUGACAGCAAAGGCCGUUUCAGGAUAUCAGGCGACUGAGAGCGGCUCGCUGUGUCCUCCAUCAUGGCGACUGACUCUCCAGCUCGGAGCCUGGACGAAAUCGACCUGUCCGCUUUGAGGGAUCCUGCUGGCAUCUUUGAGCUGGUUGAGCUGGUGGGAAAUGGCACCUAUGGGCAGGUGUACAAGGGUCGCCAUGUUAAGACAGGGCAGCUCGCAGCCAUCAAGGUCAUGGAUGUCACUGGGGACGAGGAAGAGGAGAUUAAAGCGGAAAUUAACAUGCUGAAGAAGUACAGCCACCAUCGGAACAUCGCCACCUACUAUGGAGCCUUCGUGAAGAAAAACCCCCCUGGCGUAGAUGACCAGCUCUGGCUGGUGAUGGAGUUCUGUGGCGCCGGCUCAGUGACGGACCUGAUCAAGAACACCAAGGGAAACUCUCUGAAAGAGGAGUGGACCGCCUACAUCUGCCGGGAGAUCCUCAGGGGUCUGACUCAUCUCCAUCAGCACAAGGUCAUCCACAGAGACAUCAAGGGACAGAACGUCCUGCUGACGGAGAACGCAGAGGUCAAACUAGUGGACUUUGGAGUUUCAGCCCAGUUGGACCGAACAGUGGGACGGAGGAACACGUUCAUCGGGACGCCAUAUUGGAUGGCACCUGAGGUCAUCGCCUGUGACGAGAACCCUGAGGCCACGUACGACUUCAAGAGUGAUUUAUGGUCACUGGGAAUCACAGCAAUAGAGAUGGCUGAAGGAGCACCACCGCUGUGUGACAUGCACCCAAUGAGAGCCCUCUUCCUCAUCCCGCGAAACCCCGCCCCCAGACUCAAGUCAAAGAAGUGGUCUAAGAAGUUCCAGUCGUUCAUAGAGAGCUGUCUGGUGAAGAGCCACGGCCAGAGGCCCAGCACGGAGCAGCUCCUCAAACACCCGUUCAUCAGAGAGAUGCCCAAUGAGAGGCAGAUCCGCAUCCAGCUGAAGGACCACAUCGACCGUACCAAGAAGAAGAGAGGAGAGAGGGAUGAGACAGAGUACGAGUACAGUGGAAGUGAAGAGGAGGAUGAAGAAAGAGAAAUGGGUGAACCGAGCUCCAUCAUCAACGUCCCCGGAGAGUCGACCCUGAGGCGGGACUUCCUGCGCCUGCAGCUAGCCAAUAAGGAGCGCUCUGAGGCGCAGCGGCGGCAGCAGCUGGAGCAGCAGCAGAACGAGGAGCACAAGCGCUUACUGCUGGCGGAGAGACAGAAACGCAUCGAGGAGCAGAAGGAGCAGAGGAGGAGGCUGGAGGAGCAGCAGCAGCGAGAGCGUGAGGUGAGGAAACAGCAUGAGAGGGAGCAGAGGAGACGCUACGAGGAAAUGGAGCAGCUCCGCAGAGAGGAGGAGAGGAGGCAUGCAGAAAGAGAACAGGAGUACAAGCGUAAGCAGGUGGAGGAGCAGCGCCAGGCAGAGCGGCUCCAGCGGCAGCUCCAGCAGGAGAGAGCCUACCUGGUGUCUCUGCAGCAGCAGCAGCAGCAGGAGGGACGGCAGGCCGAGAAGAAGCCGCUUUACCACUACAAAGACAUCAGCAACCCCACCGACAAGCCUGCCUGGGCUAAGGAGGUCCUGACGCAGCAGCAGCAUGUUCAGGGUCACCUACCCCACUCCCAACUACGACAGCACCAGUCAUUCAACCAACCGGCUUCAUCCCCUGACUCUUGGCGCCAAAACAGAGCUCAGGCCCCUAGACGAACCCCGUCCCAUGGUGCCCAGCCCCUCUCCUCCCAUCCCCCCCAUAUCCAUAUCUCACUAGAUGGAGAACCCCUAGAUCCGGGGCUCAAGCAGGAGAUAAGUCAGCAGGUCAGAGAGUUUAGGGCUCAGAAGCUCAGGGGCCGCAGCCCGGGGCGCAGCCGGGAGCAGAGCCAGGGUCCUGGCCAAGGGCCCAGUAAGGGACCUGGUAAUAAUCAAAGAGAGCUUUCCAGUCACGGGCCAGUCAGCCAGUCUAACCAAGUGCUCAACCCUUAUGCUCUGGUGCCUAACAAUCAGAAUGAGAGGCCCAGAGACAGGCCUCUCUCUGCCCCCAAUCAUACAGACAUCCAGGGGCUAAUGCCGGACCCUAGGAUCCCUCAUCCUCAGUCCCCACCACACGUCCAGAGUCCCCAGUCUGGAUCUAUGUCUGCUCUCAAAGUGGUGGAGGAGCGAUCUAAGCUGAACAGGCAGAGCUCCCCAGCGCUGCAGCCCAAAGUGGCCAACCGCAUCUCCGACCCCUCCCUCCCUCCCCGCUCCGAGUCCUUCAGCAGCGGGGGCAUGCAGCCCGCCCGCACCCCACCCAUCCCCCGCUCCAUUGAACCACAGAUGGCCCACCUGGUCCCAGUGAAGACCCACUCCGGGUCCAUGUCCGGUUCUCAGUCUCUGCAGGAUCAGACGGGCUCAGCUCUGAGUGAAGGGGUCAGCGUGUCUGGCUCCCCCAGGCCCGAGAUGCCCCGCCAGAACUCGGACCCCACCUCUGACACCCCGGGACCCCCGCAGCGCAUCGCAGGCCGGGAGGACCGGGACAGAGACCGGGACAGGGAUCGGGACAGGACCGCCUGGCUGAGAGAGGAGGACAUGCCACCCAAGGUCCCUCAGAGGACCACUUCCAUCUCCCCAGCCUUGGUCAGGAAGCACUCCCCCAAUGGAGGAGGAGUAGGUCUGGGCCCUCGCACAGGCUCCCAACUCAUAAGGGCCAGUAACCCAGACCUGCGGCGCUCAGAGCUCUCUCUGGACGCCAUGCUGCAAAGAACAUCCUCCAACUCCUCAUCGUCUUCCUCCCCUUCAUCUCAAGGAGGCUCAGCCGAGAGGAGAGGUCAAGCCAAGCCAGAAGGAUCCCCACCGGGAGCCAAUCAGGAGGCAAAGCCCAAACAGGAGGAGGGCCGUGAAUCAGCCAGACCCAGCAGACCUGCAAGCUAUAAGAAAGCCAUAGAUGAGGAGGAGCUGGACCUUAGUGCACUGGCUAAGGAGCUCAGAGAACUGAGGGUGGAGGAGGGCAGCAGACCUCCAGUCAAGGUGACGGACUACUCGUCCUCUAGUGACGAUUCGGACAGCAGCGAUGACGACGGGCAGACAGUGGGGCAUGAUGGGACGGUUGCUGUUAGCGACAUCCCCCGCAUCAUGCCAACAGUGCAGAGCAGCAGUGAGUCGUAUGGAGGGCUGACAGAAGACUCUCUGGGAGAUGCCUAUAAUAGCUCCAAGGACAGCACUCUGGUGAUGAGAGAGGCGGAGGAGAGAAGGAGAGGUGGUCACACUGAGAGCAAUGGGUUCGGUAAUCACGGUAACCAUGGUAACCUCCCUGACCUGGUGCAACAGAGCAACUCUCCCUCAGCCACGCCCACCUCCGCCCUGCAAGAACUGGGAGACAUGGCUGAGUUUGGUCUGGGCGGGUCCAAAUCGUCCUUCACCCCAUUUGUUGAUCCACGUGUCUAUCAGACCUCCCCAGGUGAAAAUGAUGAUGAAAACUCAACAGAAGACAUGUUUUCUAGCGAGCUGCUGAAGCAGGAGCAGGCCAGACUAAACGAAGCCAGAAAGAUCUCUGUGGUCAACGUCAACCCCACCAACAUCAGACCCCACAGUGACACCCCAGAGAUCCGCAAAUACAAGAAGCGCUUCAACUCCGAGAUCCUGUGUGCUGCACUCUGGGGUGUGAAUCUGCUGGUGGGGACAGAGAACGGUCUUAUGCUGCUUGACCGAAGUGGACAGGGAAAAGUGUACAACCUCAUCACCAGGCGCCGCUUCCUGCAGAUGGAUGUGCUGGAGGGGCUCAAUGUGCUGGUCACCAUAUCUGGGAAGAAGAACAAGUUGCGUGUCUACUACCUGUCCUGGCUGAGGAACAGAAUACUACACAACGACCCUGAAGUAGAAAAGAAGCAGGGCUGGAUUACAGUGGGGGAACUGGAGGGCUGUGUGCAUUAUAAAGUUGUCAAAUAUGAGAGGAUUAAGUUCCUGGUGAUUGCUCAGAAGAACGCUGUGGAAAUCUAUGCCUGGGCUCCUAAACCCUACCACAAGUUCAUGGCCUUUAAGUCAUUCACUGAACUGCAGCACCGUCCCCAGCUGGUCGACCUGACGGUGGAGGAAGGUCAGAGGUUGAAGGUCAUCUAUGGUUCCAGUGUGGGCUUCCAUGUCAUCGACGUGGACUCGGGCAACCCUUACGACAUCUACAUCCCCUCACAUAUCCAGAGCCAGGUGACGCCCCAUUCCAUCGUGGUGCUCCCAAAGACCGAUGGGAUGGAGAUGCUGCUGUGUUACGAGGACGAAGGCGUCUACGUCAACACCUACGGGCGAAUCACCAAGGACGUGGUGCUACAGUGGGGAGAGAUGCCCACCUCUGUUGCCUAUAUCCACUCUAAUCAGAUUAUGGGCUGGGGGGAGAAAGCCAUAGAGAUCCGCUCUGUGGAGACAGGUCAUCUGGACGGAGUCUUUAUGCACAAGAGAGCCCAGAGACUCAAAUUCCUGUGUGAGCGGAACGACAAGGUAUUCUUCGCAUCGGUGCGUUCGGGAGGUAGCAGCCAAGUCUUCUUCAUGACCCUCAACAGAAACACCAUGAUGAAUUGGUGAUGCUCCCCCCCCCCCCCCCCCCCCCCAUCCACUCUGCCUCACUCUCCCAUUGGCCUGCCCGGCGACUACCAGUUGUCCCACGGCACAUCUCACAAAAAAAAAAAAACAGACUGACCGAGAGGCCACAGUGAACUCUUUUAACACUGAAGUGACUAGAAUCGCUUAGAGAAAAAAAAAGUAAUCGUAGAGAAAAAACAACAGAGACAUGUUCUAAAUGAAGAGACAUGUUACCCUAGAUUAUUUUGGGUUAUGCAGAAGCCAUCGUUACUCAACUGACUGGCAAACUGGUGCCACUGACUCUCCAAAUAUCCUCUGUCUGUGUCUGUAACUCUUCCAUGUGUGUCUGUGUCUUUUCUCCAAACAAACCUCUUCAUUACAGCAGCUGGAGAAAUACACCAUCCGUGUCUCCUCUUCCUCCCUUCGUCCCCGCAAUCGAUUUAGUCCUCACUUUUUGAGUCCUUUUGACACCCAUGUCCUUCAUUUUCCACACUUCCUAUCUGCCAUGUGUGGGCUCAUUCCUGGAGAUCUUACACCUCAGAGGUCGGGGGAAUAGAUGAAUAGGAUUUAAUAUAAAUUCAAAUAUAGUGAAUAUGACAGUUUGUGCAGUGAGGGCAGCUGAGGGAUGACAAAUCUACUCUGGAUGUUAGCGGUGAAAAGCAGACAGCAUGAUUGAUUUUCUUACUCCUUUGUCACUCCCCUCCGCCUCCUCUUCUUCCUCCUCUCGCCGUCUUUUCAGGCCAUGAGUAAACUGAAUUGUAAUUUAGUGUCCGAUCGCAUCUCGCUGAUAGAGAUGCGGUGAGACAAUCUGCUGUCAUAGGCGGGUGGUCACAGUAUGCAAAGAUGAUGUCCGUGUCCCUUUAAAAAGAAAUCACCGGUCCAUCCUGUUUUACGAUUUCCUUCUUCCUGUCACCCCCCCAUCUCCAUCAAUGUCAUCCCCCCCUAGUUUCACAAUUUCGUCCUUUAAACUCUGAAGGUGCUGCAUCAAAAAUACUGUAAUAUGAAAUGAACAAUGAUAGCGUCAUUCUGUUCAUUCUUUUUAUUUCAGUUCUUUUUCUUUUUCUGUGGCUAAGUCAGUCAGUUUUUGAAGUGUGAUCAAAUGUAUAGCACAUCCGUGUUUCUGAAAUCAGGAGUGUAUGUUGGUGUGUGUUUGUGAGUGCGUGCAUAAAUGUAUGUGUGUGUGUUUGACUUGAUGUUGAAACGAGUCCCAUUAAAAUCAAGGUUGGAUAUUGACAUCAAUGGCCAGAAAAAGAGUCAUAAAUUCAGUCUCUGUACGUGAACCUUUACCUGAAGGCGUUUAAAGCAACAUUGAGUGUGUUUACAAGCAGAUUUAUGAUAUUAUCUUAGUAUGACGUUCAUGAGGGAGUGUCUGAACACCAAGCAUUUAAAGAUAGGCACUAUUAGUGAGUGUUUUUCUGUUUCCUUUAACACAGUAGUGUUUUGGCUACUCACAAACACAGCCAUGCUGCUGUAGGGAAUAUGAAGAUGCUUAUCCUGAAUACAACCUCAUCAGGAUAUGAGCAACAAUCCCCAGUACUGUGUGCAUGUGAAAGUUCUAAUUGUUGAAAGCUGUGGUGUCCUUUUGAAUCAUGCUCUUCCCUGAUUGGUUCUUCUGAUUUUGGCUCCUACCUGUUUGUACAGUGCCUAGCAUGAUGUAAGCAAAACAAAAAAUGGAGGCCAAAAGAUUAUCGCUUGAGUUAUAAUUAAUAAUUGUAUUGCCUUUACAGUUCAUUUACACUGGGUUUUUGUGUGUUAUUGGCUAACCUUAACACGUUACUGAUGGUAUGUGUCUCUUCUAAAGGAGAUGUUAACACAUUUAAGACUUAAUUUAUUCUUUGAAAGGAGUAACUGCAUAUGGUACGAUAAAAACAUGUCAUUUCUGAAUACUAAGUGUAGCUCAAUCAUUUAUGCAUACUGUAUUAGAUUUAUAACACUAUUGAGGGCCGACUCUAUAGAGGUAUCCCUCUAUAUUGGAGAAAAGUACCUGCUUACUCCUUAAAAAACGUAAAGUGACACAAAAAUUAUACUCAUUCCCCAAUGAUGAUCAUUUAAAUCAAGUUAUUUUCUGUUAAUAAUUUUAAAAUGAAGCUAUAUUUUCAAAGACUUUUACAUAUCCACACGGUAGCUGUUCCUGUGCAGCUGCAAGUUAGGUUCACCAAACUGUGUUAUGGGUAGCAGGCUAACAUUUUAGCAAUAAAGAGCCGAGCUGAACAAAACCAUGUCUUCCCUGUGUGUGUGCACGCAUGCAUCUGUGUGUAUGAUUAAAAAGCAAGCGUGAAUGGGGCAUAUUAACUGUGUUUGUCCAUCACAGAAUUCACUCUUCCCAUUGGAAAAGGCUGACUGUCAGUACACUGAGGACUCUCCUUUCAAAGAUGAAACCACUGUAUUCUUCGUUCUGUGUUAUUUCUUGUUUUCUUUGUUUUGAAAGAGCAUUACUAAUGUCCUGUUUUGGGAUUUAUUUGUUUUGUAAAAGAGAUGCUGUAUGAGAGAAAUAAAUUAAACUAGAGCAUUAUGUUUA